AGAGAGAGAGAGAGAGAGAGAGAGAGAGAGAGAGAGAGAGAGAGAGAGAGAGAGAGAGAGAGAGAGAGAGAGAGAGAGAUGGCGAGGAUUUUGUGGCAAAUCAAGCGGUUGAAGUCAUGGUCGUCGAUUUGGGUUUUGUUACCUAUGGCUGUGCUUCUGACUGUGGUAAUUACGGUGUCGGACGUCUUCAUGCUCGACGCCGGGAAGAAGAUCGAUCCCGACGACGGCGGCGACGGGGCAAGGAGUUGGCGAGGGAGGUCGGGAUCCCGAUGGACUGCAGGUUGGCCAAUCUGGCUACGGUUGCCGGGGCCACCGCCGACGAGCGGCGGCGGGAUGGCCGUUGGCAAGUCGGUAUCCCGGCGGCAGCACGAGGUCAACAAGAGGAACGUCGGUCUCUUGCUUCUUGCUCUGGAGGACACGUGUCUCGACUGGUGCGAGCUCGUCGGCGCCGCCGGUCCUCCUGCGCCGCCCACCCAGUCGACGAGGCUAAGGUCAACGUCAAAGUCGAACGCCACGGAGUCAAAGUCAACGCAUCCGUUUGAAGAGCGGCAGCAUCAGCAGAUGGAGGCGGAGAUGUCGGGAUCGAGAUCGACGAUACCGAACAAAGCCGUCGAGACAGAGGUUCUGGAUCGAUCGAGACGACCUGAUAUCGUGACGGCAGAAGAAGAAGAAGACCUACCAUGGGGGGACGAAGUGACUGAAGGCGAGCACGGUGGCCAUCAUCAUCAUCAUCAUCAUGGCGAUGGAGGCGGACUUCCAGGGUAUUACGGCCACGUGGAAGUCACCGAGGAUCUUCUGCGGGCCUUAAGGAAUUCCUCGACUAGCACGAUCGUUACCGAGACGGCGAGCGGCGUCGCUCUUUACAUAGAAGCUGCAACAACGGCGAUGGCGCGAGUGGGGGUGGAUAUGACCAGCGAGGAGGAGGAGGAGGAGGAGGAAGGCAAAUCGAACACGAUGGUGAUGAUGGGCGGAAGGGGACACCCGUCCCCUGCCAUGCCUACAACGGCUUCCUCCUGUCUUCCUCCUUCUCUCUGUGCGGGCCGACGUGUUGCCGAGAGGAGUACCACUGCCAGCGAGCGUGGGAGAGUUGGCAGCAAUACGAGUACAUUGUCAAGUAAGUCAGACUCUGAGAGAAAACACACCGGUGGUGGGGGGGUGAGAUGGAGAGAGAAAGACAGGGAGGAUGGGAGAAGAGAAGGUGUAUCUUCAUCAGAUUUUGCUGCUCCGUCAAGUUAUACUAUGAAGGAGGAGGAGGAGGAGGAGGAGGAAGAGGAGGAGGAGGAGGAGGAGAGGGAAGAAAAGGAGAAGAGGAGGGCAAGAGGAAGGACAGUGGAUCUGAGGAUCCCGAGUCCGAUCGAGCUGCUGUGUCGGGAUGGCGGCAGUUUUUCUCUUUCUGCUUCAGCUGCCAUAUAUGGCAGACAGGAAGGCAACAAGUCGGUCGCUAUCCCGACAGCACAGUUCGAUCCCAACAUAACGGCUCAGGUAUGGCCGCAGAUUCCACAGCUCGAUCCCAGCUCCUAUCGAUCCGCCCCGAUCUCGACACGUGGCCGAUCCUAUCACCGAUGGGCGGCUAGUAUGGUGCCGUAUGUCGCUCAUCUGCAUUACAGAGUUCUUCAAACUCUCUAUCGUUUCCAUUCACUCGUCAGCAAUCAGACAACAUCACCUCCUCCUCCUCCUCCUCCCUCUUCUUCUUCUUCUUCUUCUUCUUCUUCUUCUUCUUCUUCUUCUUCUUCUUCUCCUGCUGCUGCUGCUGAAGACUUGAGCAAUCAUGAUGGCGAUCGACGUCGAGAAAACGUUGUUGAUAUGGAUGCUGCUGCUGUUGCUGCUGCUGGUGUUAAUGAUGAUGACGAUGCCGAUCAGAAGACGGAGAAGACGAUGGAGCAGAUGGAGAAGGUGGACAGGAUGGGGGCAUUUGGGCGUUUGUCCGAUGAAGACAUUGAGUUGUUGGAGUUAGCCUCUGAGCGUGCACGGUAUGCUCCCCGCGUCGCUUUCCUUUUCCUCGUUAAGAAUUCAGUCCCCCUGGCCCCUUUUUGGCAAAAGUUCUUCCAUGGCUAUGACGACUACUACUCCGUCUAUGUCCAUUCAGGCGACCCUUUCUCUGAAGACAACAUCACGUCGACUGGCGGCUCCUCCUCGCAAGGAGAAUCUUCCUCUUCCUCCUCCUCCUCCGCCUCCUCCUCCUCUCUCCGGUUCUCCGAGCACGUAAUUCCCAGUAAACCCGUUCAAUGGGGAUCGCCGACGAUUAUUAACGCGGAGAGGCGUCUUCUAGCGCAUGCGCUCCUUGAUCCCUUGAAUCAACACUUCGUUCUAGUGUCUGAGGCGUGCAUUCCUAUUCGGAGCUUCCCCUUCAUCUAUACUUACCUAAUUAGUACAUCGCGGAGUUUCGUCGCCGGGGGAGUGAAUACAGAAAGGUAUCCGGCGAAGCUGAGGUCGGUCCUUCGACCCGACCAGUUCAGACAGGGAUCCCAAUGGCUCACACUUGCCCGACCUCACGCCCAUCUCGUCGUCUCCGACGUCACCUAUUACGCUUCCUUUGCCAUGUGGUGCACGGGAUUGCCCAAAAGGUACUGCCUCGUGAUCCGUAACAGGACAAAAUGCGCGAGUAUUCCAGACAAGAUCUGUUUCUCCGACGAGCAUUAUAUCCAGUCCUUAGUGCACGUGAAAGAUCCCGACCACGUGAACUCUCGAUCGCUGACGUGGACGCACUGGGAUCUUCCGAGCCCCCAUCCUAAGACGUACAGAGGGGAUGACACGUCAGUUGGUCUUCUGGAGGAAAUGCGAAGGCAAAAGUAUUGCGAGUGGAACGGACAGAAGAAUAGGGAGUGCUUUUUAUUUGCAAGAAAAUUUGCACCGGAGACGUUACCAGCACUCUUGUCGAUUGGAGAUAAGGUCGGGAUAUGGAGGUCUGAGAAAAACGAGGAGGGGAAGGGCAAAGAAGAAGUAGCAGCAGGAGGAGGAGGAGGAGGAGAGAGACGGUGAGAAUCGACGCGAGGGGGUGGCAGCACCGGCAUACAUGGAAGAAGAAGAGAGAAAGAGAAAAGGAGAGGAGAAAGAGAAAGAGAGAGAAUGAGUUCCUCCGCUCUCUGGCGUGAGUAGAGCAACGACAAGAA